UUCAAAUUUUGUAGACUCACUCAGGCUUUUCGAACUUUCACUUCCUGAUGAAAUUUAGUCUUAGAGAAUGGAGAUGAUUGUUGCUUAUAUCGCAAUCAUUUUAAUGUUUGUGUCUGUUCCGUGUAUUUGUUUUAAGCUCAUAGGUUACUGCUUUUAUUCGGGUGGCGAUAAUAAGACUAAGUUCGAAUUGGAUCUUGUUGAUUUUGAGUCUGACUCAGACACUGACACAUCAGGAGUUGUAGAAAUAGAUUUAAAAAUACCGAUGAACGACAGCAACAAUAAUAUUAAUGGCAACAACAACACACAGCUUGAUAAGAAUGCAAUAAUAGUCACAGAAGCUGGGGAUAUCUUCAAUAAUGAUUUAGACAGAUGAAUUAUUUUUAAUU